UUUUCUUUCCAUUGUUGUACAUCCGGGUCACGAAGGACAUCUCCUUCCGGCGUGACAUAAACAAACGGCACGUUCCGUCUCUCUCGCGCUGGUUCCGAACAUUAACGGGGUCCAAACGGCGGUUCGGGGGUUCCGUUAAGCCCGGCCGCUUCGGUCCGGGCGGAGGAGCCGCCGUUACCAUGGUGAAGUGUGUCGUGUCCGGCUGUCCGAACCGGACGGCGAGCGUCAACCGGGCCGCCUACAGCCGAACACCGAAGAGGUUCUUCAGCUUCCCCAGCGACCCGGCUCGAGUCAAGGUGUGGCUGGCGGCUCUGAGGGAGACCGACAAGCAGGACUGGACAGAGCAGGAUCUCAUCUGUGAAGACCACUUCCUGCCGGAGGACGUCUCAGCCAGCGGGGUCAACAGCGAUGCCAUUCCCAUCAUGCCUCCUUUCUUGGAUGAGCCGCUGGGCCUGAUCAGUCCCUGGGGAGCUGAGUCCUCUGAUGAGGAGGAGGAGGAGGAGCAGUGGACCACUGGAGGCUGCGAGGAGCAAGAGGAGCAUGAAGGUGGAGAUGAUGCUCCUCCUGCACCGGAUCCAGCGCAGCAGGAUCCAGGUGGAGGUUUGGAAGAUCCUGGAGAGGCUGAGAAGACCAGAAGUCAUGAACUCCUCAGACGUCUUCUUGUUUCCAGUGCUGCUCAGCGACAGAGGAAACACUCCAUCCCCUCAGGUGUCAGCAGACAAGACCUGUCUCUGGGGAUGCUGACUCAGCGUUUUCUGGAGCUGCUGCUGACAGCGCCGGACGGGUCCGUGGACCUCAGGCAGGUCGCCGCGAGCCUGGAGAUCCGCAGACGGCGAGUGUAUGACAUCACCAACGUCCUGGACGGGAUCAACUUGAUCCAGAAAGAGUCGUGUAACAGGAUCAAGUGGAUAGGAAAGUGUCCGGUCUCCAGUUUUCUGUGGAAGAACCAGCAGAAGUUCCAGAGAGAGUUGGAGAACCUGAAGCUGGUGGAGGACACGCUGGACGGCCUCAUCAAAAGCUGCGCCCAGCAGCUCUUCGACAUGACCGACGACAUGGAAAACGCUGCGAUGGCCUACGUGACCCACGAGGACGUCAGCCGGCUCCAAGCCUUCCAGGAGCAGACGGUGAUCGUGGUCAAAGCUCCGGAGGAAACUAAACUGGAGAUUCCUGCACCGAGAGAGGACAUCAUCCAGAUCCACCUGAAGGCGGGCCGGGCUCCCAUCAUGGUGGUGGCCUGUGAGGUGGGCUCAGGAGACGGCGUGACCUCCGACCCCGGACAGAAAAGCAGCUUCUUUUCAUCACUGGACAAGAGUCGGAUCAGGACGACGGCGCUGCACACAGGAGCGUCUUCAGCUCCACACAGUGUGUGACCACCAGACGACCACCAGGAGGCGCCAACCACUCCUCAGUUCGGACACAAAUAUCGGGAACGCACCAAUCAGAGCGUCCGCAGGUACCAACAGGUCCUGCACACGUGACCAGAACAUUCUCCUGACACAUUUCGAUCAUGACUCCGCUUAUUUCUGCUCGGAUGAACGCAGAGAUCAUCAUUACGGACUAGUUAAAAGGUUUUUAAAACGUUUCUGGAACGUUUUCUUGUGUCGGUCUGCUGAGACGUGAAAUCAUGGAACGGAUGGACGAUGACCUUUGAUUGAUGACGAAGCACAGCCUCUGUAUCAUGUCAUCAUGACUGAACUGUCAAAUCUUUACUUUUUCUCUUUUUCUUUGUGUUUUGGAUAAAAAAUUUUGGGAUCAAUAAAAAUGACUUGACUGAC